CUUCUACUUCUUUGGCCCGCCCUUUGUAAAUUCUUGUUCGCCUUCUAUUCGGAUUGAAAAUUGUCAACAUAGAGAAAUUCUUGUUCUCCCUCCUAAUCUGGAUAAUUUACUCUCUUUAGUUUACUAUGACCCCGAUUCAGAUAGUUUUAGCGAAGAUGAGUGGUAUUCUUAUCUAGACUUUGGCACUCUAAAAGUUGAAACAGAUAGUUUUGACUCCAAUGCAGAUGAU